GUGUGUGUGCACGCGCGCGUGUGUGUGUGUGUUCAGAUCACAGCAGAGGAGCUGACGGGGAACGAUGACUACAUCGAUCUCUCCUUCAGUGCCAGGAAGCUGGACGACAAGGACUUUUUCAGUAAAUCGGAUCCGUUCCUGGAGCUCUACAGAGUGAACGACGACGCCACCAUGCAGCUCGUCUACAGGACUGAGACGGUCAUGAAUAAUCUGAAUCCAAUUUGGAAAACCUUCAAAGUGUCUCUGAACUCGCUCUGCAGCGGAGACCAUGACAGGAAGCUGCAGUGCACCGUGUGGGACUGGGACUCCAACGGGAAACACGAUUACAUCGGAGAGUUUGAGGCGUCCUUCAAGGAGAUGAGAGGCGCCAUCGACGGCCGGCAGGUCCAGUGGCCGUGCAUAAAUCCCAAAUACAGAACCAAGAAGAAGAACUACAAGAACUCUGGGAUCGUCAUCCUGAACCAGUGCAAGAUCAUCAAGAUGCACUCCUUCCUGGAUUACAUCAUGGGCGGCUGUCAGAUACAGUUCACUGUGGCCAUUGACUUCACGGCGUCCAACGGUGACCCCCGGAACAGCUGCUCCCUGCACUACAUCCACCCCUUCCAGCCCAACGAGUACCUGAAGGCCCUGGUGGCUGUGGGAGAAAUCUGCCAGGACUACGACAGUGAUAAAAUGUUCCCAGCGUUCGGCUUCGGAGCCCGGAUCCCUCCAGACUUCAAGGUUUCCCACGACUUCGCUGUGAAUUUCAACAAGGACAACCCUGAGUGUGCUGGUAUCCAGGGUGUGGUGGAGGCGUACCAGGCCUGCCUACCCAAGCUGCAGCUCUACGGCCCCACCAACAUCGCCCCCAUCAUCCAGAAGGUUGCCAAGUCUGCCUCACAGGAGGUCCACACCAAAGAGGCCAUGCAAUACUUCAUUCUGCUGAUCCUGACUGACGGCGUCAUCACCGACAUGGCCGACACCAGGGAAGCCAUCGUCCAGGCCUCCCAUCUUCCAAUGUCCAUCAUCAUCGUCGGGAUCGGGAACGCUGACUUCGGUGACAUGCAGAUGCUGGAUGGGGAUGACGGGAUCCUGAGGUCGCCCAAAGGAGAACCCGUCCUCCGGGACAUCGUCCAGUUUGUCCCCUUUCGCAAUUUCAAACAUGCCUCUCCGGCUGCGCUGGCGAAGAGCGUCUUAGCAGAAGUGCCCAACCAGGUGGUUGACUACUACAACAGCAAGGGCAUCAAGCCCAAAGAGCCCAGUGAAUACCAGUCUUCCAGGCCGUUUGGCCCCUGAACUUCAGCACCACAGCAAACCAACCUCACAAAAUGUUGACUGUCUUGUGUUUUUUGUCAAAGCGGAUGCUAAAGAUGAUGCACGCAGUAUUUACCCAUGAGGCAUUGGGGUCAUCUAUCCUUAAACCAGUUGGCCUUCACAGUUUUAUUCUGAGGGACCAAGUGUAGGAACCCCUUGGUUCCUGCUUUUGCUGCUGCUAGUUUAGUACUUUUAAUGAUGUCAUCAACUGAAACAUUUGCUGCCUUUCAUAUCAAAUAAUAAUUCCCAAUGGUAACCCCCUUAAGCUACACUCGUCUUCCUCCCUGGAUGAAGGUGGAGAUGCUUUUCAGAUCUCGUCAUUGAUCAGAGAGCUGCUGUUCUCCUGGUAACUUCUGAAGAUCAUAAGACCUGUAGAUCAAAGUCCAUCUGGUCCACCCGAGAUAGGAAUCUGAAAGGUUCUGUCAACAUUUCCAUUGAUCAUUUAUUUGUUGAGAAGAAACCUCAGUGCAUUGAGAGAGGUUUUGACAGAACCAAGAACAUAGUUGAACAAAGAAGGCAGUUGAACCUUCAGUUGAACCUUCAGAAGGAGCAGUUUGGUUUCCAUCCUGGUCAGGAAACACUGGACCAGCUCUACUCCCUCUGCAGGGAGCUCAAGGGCUUAUAAGAGUUUGCCCAACUGGCCCACAUUUGUUUCGUUGACCUGGACAAGGCUUUCAACCGUGUCUCCCAUGGGCCCCCGUAGGGGUGGAGUACAAAAUCCAGGGUCCUUUAUUAGGGAUUCUCUGUACAGGCAUCACUGACACUAAGCCAGACCUGUUUCUGGUGCAUGUUGGACUCCAGUGUGGCUGCUAUUUAUCACCAGUCCUGUUCAUGAAGGGCUUGACAUGUGGAAGGCAAUGUUGCUCCCUCUCCAUUUAUUUCCUGUGGAACUUGCGCAAUGAGGCGACAGUCACUUGCACUCGUCCAGAGAAAUGUGUGCAUGGGAAACAAGUAGACAUGUACACCUGGGCUUUUUGCUACUGUUGUUGUCAUAUUCCUCACAUCGAGCCCAUAACUUGUAUAGUCAGGAUUUAUAGGCGUAGCCGAGUGCCGGGAAGGUCUAGUUUGUUGAUCGGUGGAUUUUGUUCCUUGUUUUAUACGAAUGAUGUGGUUCUGCUCGCUCUUUCUGGCUUGGAGCUACAGAAUGCACAAGGCCUCUCCAGGUUGGAGGGACGUUCCUCCCCCAAGUGGAGGAGUUCAUCCAUCUUGUGGUCUUGUUCAUUAGUAAAGGGAGGAUGGAUGAGGAGAUUGAUAGAGAAAUCAGUGCAGCUGCCGCUGCAAUGCGGACACUGCAUGGGUCCACUGCGGUGAGGAGAGAGCUGAGUCGAAAAGCAAGACUUUCAAUUUACCGGUUGGUCUACGGUUCAACCCUGACUCUGCAAUGUUGGAGAAAUCCUGCCUCUUCUUUACUUACAAGUCAUCACAACCACAAUGACUACAACGUCAAACACAUCCUCAGAGUUUUGUUGGUUCUGUUCGGUAUGCCGGUCCGAUGGAAGCUGAUGGCAGAAGCUGUGAAAGGUCAGCGGUUUCAGAAAUGACAUAUUGGGUACUUGUAGUGCCUUGUCUGAUGGAUUUAACCAGAAUCAGAACUGGACCUUGGAAUCAGUGGACUUUCAGAGGACAUCCCUGCAGGAUCGUUGGAUGGUUGAGCCGUUUCUAAGGUCAGGAGGCCAUGACACCAUCAACUUCCUUUGAGCCUGCUGGGCAUGCCACUGUACAGGAAGUUAUUGACCACCAGGUGUCAAGCUCCAGUACAAUUAGUAUGAUGUCACUAUGUUGGUCCUGAAACUGUGGAAAACAAUCUCUGUGGCAUCUUCACAUGAAUCUAUGUAGGACCAUAGAUUCAUUCAUACAGGUUUCGCCAGCUGAGAAAGUCUUUGCAGUCACCAACUGGUAGAACCUCCUGCUCCCUUUAGAAGUUCACAGGUGACUCCGUCUCACCUGCUUCAUCAGAUUCUCCUUCCUGGUUUCUCCAAAUGCAGCCUUCAGCUCGCUAGAUCACCGCCUGUUGCUGUUGCUGGUUGACCUCCUCCACCUUCAGGACUUGAACUCCUUCAAAAGAAGGAGCUCAGAGCAGAUCCCUGAUGUAUCCCACCCAAACCUCUGUGGCACUACCUCACACCUCACCACAGUGUCUCUGUCCUCACUUCCUCAUCCAGGACCUCAGUUCCUGUCUUGGUUCUUUCUUUGUUCUCUGUGGAUCCACAAGGACAGAGCAAAACCUUUGGCGCUUCUCUAUGGUUCUUCAGAUCGUUAACACCAAACAUCUCAUCCGUAGAGCUUUUCUAGGGACCUUCAAUCACCCUGUAAUUUGCACAGUGUAGCUGGAUUAGCUCAGGAAGUUCUCAUCACAGUUUUCAUCCUUUGGAGUUUCUGCAAGUGACUCAUCAGGUCAACGGGCUCCAUGAGGUCCGUCAGCUUGGUGACUGUUGCUUUUUGGACCAAACCAGUCCAAGUACUCCAGAACUUGUAGGAUAAACACACUGUUUGCAUCUGACUCUUUACACUCUGAUACGACUGGACUCGCAAGAUCGAUUAUUCAUGCCAGAGUAAGUAUCACUCUUAGUUGGACACUUGGAGAUACACUCACAGGGAAAUGCUAGCGUUCUGCGAAGCCCUGUUAUCUUUAAUGUGUGUCUAUGUACAUCAUCUGAUCUGAUGUAUUUUGGUCUUUAACUUUCAUACCUCAGGACUAUUUUGGUCAGAACGUCAUGAGUAUGAUAGGAAGCGUAAAACAAAAGCCACACAAAUACCAACUAAAAUCUUUUUGUAUCAGAACCCAUAGCAUGCUUCUGCAUGUUUGGAGCUCAGAAAAGGGUGAAACUGUGAUCUUUUCUGAUCUUUCCUAGUGUUUACAUUGGCAAGACUUCUGGUUCAAACUCUGGUCUCAAUAAUUGAUCUGACUAGUCCAGUGGUCUGUAGAUCGGCCGUCGAGUCAGAGACUUUCUGACAGGAAAAAUCAGAUCAGAAUUUGAAAAGUUGGAUGGAAGCGGUGUGUUUUGGCUGUCAUCCUGUAGCAGGAACAUUUUGGAGGAACAAUCAUGAGGUUUCUGUCAUACUGCCCCAGUUCAGGGUCAGACUUUAGUCGUGUGUAAAAAUGCUAAGUGCAGCACCUUGAGCAUCCGCUGUGCAUGCAGGGCCGACGACAGCUGAGAGCAGAAGAAAAGCACACAAACACAACGUGACCAAUCCAAGCGCCGCCUCCCUGCAGACAGCAUGCCGAGCAGGGAGGCAGUCGAUGAAGGAAUGUAUGAACCCCUCCCAACUCUCCCUGGUGUUUUUAAAAGACUGUGUUGAUGUUUUGCUAAACUUUCGUAAAGUUCGUAUAUUACAAAGCAUUUUGCAGAUGAAGAGCUGCCUUGAGAGACGUUUGCAUCCUCAACUGUUCCCCUUUUCUAAAACACUGAGGCAGAUGCAUGGCGUGUUGUUUUGCAUGCAGAUGUCCAAGCAGGACCUGCUGGUCUCUGCGGUUCCUGGUAGUUUUCUUGCUAGUGAGUAAAUAUGAGGUAAUAACGAUGUUUACACUGACGAGCCCCUCUGCUCUCCAGCAUGUUCAUGAAACGAUGUGAGUAGAUUUAAAAGCACAAACUGAGUAUCUCUGGAGAAACCUUCUGUUGGUCUUCAUUCAUUUCUGUCUCUGUGCUCCACCAGGUCCGUUUAGACCAGAACCCGACCAGAACCCCUCACUGUAAAUUACCUUGAGAAAUAAUGACAGUUGGUUGUAUAAGAACAGGCUUUAAUGCCGAAAAAUGAUGAAAUGUUAGAAGCCAUACAUGUCAUCCAAAUGGAUCAGAACCAGAGUUACAUUCACCGUCCAGCGCCGGUCCACUGAGCUCCUGAUUAUUCUUCUCAGUCUGCUCCCUCUCUAAAGGGUCUAAUCAGUUUCAGUCUGUUUAUGUCACACAUAAACAUGGUUAUGUAAGCUGCAGGGUGUAAGCAGACAGAAGAGGCUAAAAGACACAGAGGGAAACACAGAGUCCGUAACACUUCUGUCUGCCCUCAUGUCUCUGUUUGACUCAAACGAGUUCAGAUUCGGGUAGUUGGGACAUUUUUUUUAUC